UGGCACCAGAGUGUGUACGCGUGCGAGAGGAUGUGAGUAUUCGUUAUCCUAUCUAGAUUCAGGAUAGAACUCCUGUUGGCUGUGAGCAUGGGAAGGCAGUCGAGUUGGGAACGAUAUCACAGCCGGCCAGAUGUAUAUCUGUAUUGGUGUGUCUCCCUCGUCCCUACAAAACGGCGAUACACUCAAUACAUUGCGCUGUAAUAUACGUAUAGGAGGAUUCUGGCAGCCGUGAGAUCUAAAACCGGUGUUUUGAAAAAAUACAUACUGGAUAUAGCCUAUCUGUCAUUUAAAUGAUAUAUCUACAAGUUGUCACGUGGCGGACUAACGACAGAACGUCCGGUAGUAGGUAAAUAUAUAUAUGUCUGUAUACGUACGUAUUACAAUAUACAUGUGCUACUUAGUAUGGAAUGGUCGGGUGCUUUCGGACUUUUACCUGUAACGGGAUAAUAAUCCUCUCAUGGAGCGCUGUACAUUUCACAGGUACACAUUUACAGGUAUACAGUUUUCGUAUCCUGUGUUAUAAGCCGGUAUGUCAGGUGAGAAUGCCAGUAGGAGUCUAGGUGCUCACUCGAGUGUACGUACUACACCGUAUACAUCGGUGUCCUGUCGUAGGGAACUGUCGAGGUGAAAAUGACAGGAAAAAUCAACGAUUCUUAUUUAAGAGGAGAAGAUAGCAUGCUGCCUCAGUGAGGAAAAAACCCAAAGGAUAUGUACGUCACACUGCCAGUAUGUAACUAACCUCGUCUAGGUGAUCGCCCCACCCCCGAGUUCCCGUGGGUCGUGGGGCUCUAUAGCUGGAAUGUAAAACACAUGGAGUGUUUUUACUCUCGUGAUCUGUGAUAAAUAAUUUUUAAAGUGUGUGUUGGAUUUUAAAUUUUAAAAUCCUGAAAUCUCGAUUUGUUGUGAAAUUAUUUAAUACUUGUUUAAAGGUGUUUUCGUUGGAUUAAAAGUAUAUAACUCCUCCAAGAUGUCUGUUUCGACAACUUCAGAGCCGUCCCAUGGGAAUGCUGACCCUAACGGGACAAAUGGGGGGACGAGUACCCUCCUGGUCCUGCAGCUGAAGCCGAUCGCUACCUUCAAGUCCAAUGAUGAAUACCUGUACGCGAUGAAAGAGGACCUGGCUGAUUGGUUUACCUGUCUGUACAAACUGACCAUCACGGUGGACAACUUCUUUGAGGUGUUGGAGACGGGCGUGAUGCUGUGCGAGCAUGCUAACAAGGUACGAAAGUACGCCAUAGAACGCACUCAGAAAGGAAUCCAAACGGAAAUGCAUUCUAAUUUUAUUCGUGAUCUCAAAGUGCCCCAAUACGAGGUACAAUACCGCGUCGAUGUUCGACCCCAAACCUUCCAGGCUAGGGAUAACAUAUCACAGUUUAUUACAUGGACCAAGAAGUUAGGAAUUCCGGAUGUAUUGUGUUUUGAAACCGAUGAUUUGGUGCUGAGGAAAAAUGAGAAAAGUGUUGUGUUGUGUCUCUUGGAAAUCGCACGAGUGGGGGCAAAGUUAGGGAUGUUAGCCCCUACCCUUGUGCAGAUGGAGGAGGAGAUCGACGAGGAACUGGCCACGGGGGAACCCCCAAAACAAAUCAAAACCUGUGAUAUCAAAUCCCUCCACGAAAUGGUGCAGGAAUUGGCGGGAAGAUGUACCUGUCCAGUCCAAUUUCCAAUUAUCAAAGUCGGGGAAGGAAAAUACAAAAUCGGGGACUCGCAGACGCUUGUAUUUGUCCGGAUCCUCCGGAACCAUGUGAUGAUCCGAGUGGGCGGGGGAUGGGACACACUGGAACACUACCUCGACAAACAUGAUCCCUGUCGCUGUGGCUUUUCAGGUCAUCGACAGUCCGUGUCCCGGGCUGGAGGCACCCCGGCCCGCCGGGCGAGCACUACCGCUGUCUCACAAUCCGUCCCCACUACCCCAAGAACGCCUCGCAAAAUGUCUGUCCAACCAUCCUCAGUCUCAGCCAUUCAGAGGCCACCCUCACCGGCACGCAUGCGCAGCAUGUCUCCUUCACCGGCAUCAAGUCCCAGGAAAAUCCCAUCACAGCCAGUUAGGAAAGUUUCCAUGCCAAGUGAAUCUAUUUAUAGUAAUCAAAUAACGGACACAUCUACCGGACAAAAAUCUAUAACUAAUAACACGAGACGAAGCGAAUCACCAGUUCCGGCUAAAUUCCGUUCACCGUCUCCGGUUUCGUAUACUAAUAAGCCCUCGCAGGUAACAACAACAACAACAGCUGGUAGCCGAUCUCAGGUGCAGGUAGCCAGGCCGGUAUCACCCGUUAAAUCUGCUGUGCCCGUCCCCCGGAGAUGUACGUCUCCCUCCCCGGCCAGGCGGUGUGUGUCGCCGGGCCCCUCCCGACACUGCGUGUCCCCCGGGCCCAACAGGAGGACUACUAGUUUAUCGACCCCCAGGGUUUCUAGACUUGACGACAGACGUCAGUUGCCACAACGACCAAGUAUGGAUUCCUCCGGUAACGACAGCGAGGAAACGGAUGUGACGUCAGGUUCUACGCCAAACCAAAACAACCUAAGUUUAGACCAAAUCAGCACCAUGACAUUGGACGAGUUUAAGAGUCUCUUGAAUAAUGCGCUAUCAGUUCCGAACGGCAACACUUCGGAAGGGAGUAUGGACUCGCCAAGAUCUCAAAGCAGUACGGACAGUUUUAAACAUACCUAUACGGGGCGUGCGAAUAAAAAACCUCUGCUAGGGGAGGCAACUCAAAAGUAUAGAACGUGGGCGAAUCGAAAAGACGCUUCUAGAAGUUUCGAUACAGGGACAAGUGCUAGCAGACAAGAUAAAAUACUCAAAUCGACUCAGUCGACCGACGAGUAUUAUGAACUCGAUAGGCCAUCUAGAAAAACUUCUGCCGUCUCCAGGCCCAAAACGCCGAUCAGUACCGUGCCGAGGCCAAAAACACCGGUCAGUUCUGUUCCAAGGCCAAAAACACCCGUCAGUUCUGUCCAAAGGCCAAAAACACCCGUCAGUUCUGUCACAAGGCCGAAAACACCAGUAAGUGGGAGUUCAGUGUCUAGACCCAAGACACCAACAAGCCAGUUUCGUUCAACAACACCAGUAACUGGUUCUAGGCCGGCUACCGGAAGUGUACCUCGACCAUCACCCGGUGUCACGCGACAGACGGCCGGACCUUCCAGUACCAGUCGUCCAAAAACACCAACACGCUUACAAAACAGUCGUGUUGAACCAAGCAAUAGUUCAAUAGGGAAUGUUACAAGUACUUCAUAUGAAACUAAAACGAAGCAGUGCUCGAGUUCACUGAACAGAACAUUUGGGGAGCAAACGAGGAAUGAAAUGCGUUCAAGUUCGUUGUGUGGGCUAUCAGGGGACGAUCAGAGUGAAAGUGGUUUAAACACAUCAGCAACCAGAACAUUGCCGAGUUCUAAAAGUGACUUGUCAUCCGAUAUACCCAGCACAAGGAGUGAAAGGAUCGCGCAAAUCCGCUCGCGCCUAGCCGCCAGUCGAUACGGAACUGAAUCAGGCAUCACUUCAACUACAGCGCCACCUGCCAGUUCGUCUAGUGCGCAAUACCGGAAAGGGAGCUAUGAUUCGACGGCGCAUGUCUCCCCAAAACCGGAACAGACGUCGCCAAACGUCAGUUAUGUAUCAAUCACAAGUGAAGUUGCUGCGGAAGCCGAAUCAAAUAAGGACUCACAUUUCUCCAAAACGUACCAGGCCAUGCGACAAUUGGAUUCGGGAAGUAUUGAUCCUAAACCAGUGCCAACUUCCGGAAGUGACGUUUCGUUAAGUGUAAGAUCUGACGGGAGUUAUCAAAGUUCGUCAGUGGAGCGGAGUUACGGGUCCUCCCGUCAAAACUCUUUAUCAAGUGUAGAAUCUUCUCCAAAGGAGGAAUUCACGUCAGUGUUAAAAGACAAAAUCUACAGGACACAAAGUCUCGAUGAUAAUCUCAUAAAAAAAGCAAACAAUUCCCAGUCAUCUACGUCAGAUGAAGUUCCCAUUGUUCCUGUGAUGAAUUCUCCCGAUGAGAGGUUAGCACGCCCCUCCACCCCGGCACGCCCCUCUACACCUUCCUUUAUCCCGCGACCCUGUACGCCGUUAUCGAGUUUAAAAGACUCCAUCCAUAAUUUGGAGAAACAGCCGGCGUAUUCCGGUCAGAAUAACGUGUCCCAAACAGGUAGUGGACGGCCGCCUACGCCUAGAAAAGCUACGAUCCUAGCUAAGGCCCCGUCCGCGACAAACACAUCAAAGACCCCGACUACAAGUAAUAACAGUUCCUAUACUAAAAUGUUCCUUGCAAAACGGUCCUCAACCCCCGGGCCGACCCAAAUGACCUCUACAGUAGUUACCCCUCGGAGAUCAAGAACCCCUGGCCCAGGGGACAGAGACAGGAGUUUUAGUAUGGCGUCCCAAAAGUCGGCAAAAGAAAGUCCCAGUGAUGUUUACGGUAACGGGGCCGUUGAACCGAGAGCCAGGAACGUUCCUGCUAGCCCUGUCCCACAGCGGAGGGCACGCACGCCCAGUGUGGAACACAGGUCUCUGAGUGCUCAGAAUUCGAUGGAGGGAGAAACAGUUCUGACUGUAAAUCGGUCUGGCGGAAGACAUGUAUUGUCCUUGGGUGACGCCAAGGACACUAAGACUCCUCGACCGAGUGGCGGCCGAAUCAUUGCGAGGGCGUCGACGGCGUCACAAAACCAAAGACCAACCCAAGAUAUAGAAAGGUCAAGGUCACGAGCUCGUGGCAUGACGGCAACAUCGACAUCUCUUCGUACGAGACCCAGAAGUGUCGACCCAGAAUCUGCCAACGCCAAGAAGGCAGAGGAAAAUGUCCUUAUCGCUCGGCGAGGCGAGAAUGGUGCUCAUAUAGUGAAUAAUCGAACUGAGGCAUGGGUCGAGUCUGCCGCUAAAAACACAAAGGCAAAAACCCCGACCAAAAGUUUGCCCCCGAAGUCAGUAUACAGACGCUGUAAAACACCGAAUCCUCGGAGUAUUCAUGAGCACGAGCUGGAAUCGCGUCCCUUGGAGGAGAUUAAAGCCGCACUGUCUCUCCCUAUCAACGGUCUGAAGGAGGUUGACCUCUCUGAUCUUGACGCUCCGCCAGAGGACGCUGAUGCGUACGCUAAAAUGGACGAAUUAUUCCGACGACUGAAAGCGAAGGAGCUCAGAGCAUCGGUUAACGAGACCCCUGGUGGCCACGGUGAUCUAACGAGGAAAAUAAGCACCGAUCAGGAGGACUCAGAUGUUGCCAGUGGUGACGUAUGUUCACUGGACAGUAACGAAAACGUGAAACGGAAAAGUUCAAAGUCGUCAUAUAAAAGUUCCCCAUCAACAAGUAACCGGGGCUCCACACCCUCAACUCCUUCUCGACCAAAGACUCCGUCAUUCCCACCAAAGGACGGGGAGACAAAUCGACAGUUCACACGGGCAAAUUCCAUGCCGCCCCGGCCCAGCACUCCCACGCGCACAUCUGCAUCACGGAGAUCAAGCUCCAACAGUGCGCAUUCUGCGCCUGCGCCGGAAACAAGUAUCAAACGUAGUGCGUAUGAUCAUACAAGCAUGUUAGUGUCUAAACUUAAGGAACUCAUAAAUACAAAACCAAGGAAGGACGAACAAUCCGGACCUAAAUCUAGAAUACCGGCACCGAAAUCGCUGUCAGCGGUAGGGAAGUCAAAAUCUGUUUCCAAUUUACUAUCAUCGUCGAAUUCAGAAAAUAUUUCUCCAAAUAAAAGAAUUUCUAAUGGUGAUUUGUCGCAGACUUACGACUUUAGUGAUGACCUAUGUGGUGAAAUAUCAAAAUAUUCUUCCCAUGAUCAGUUGGAUUAUAACGGAUAUAAUGGAACAACCCGGAACGGUACGGAAACGCCGGUUCCAAAAUUAUCCACUCCUCUGACAACCGGAAGGAAAGAGUUUCUUAACAAUCAAAGGGAGAACACUCGGACACCAAAACUCGUCCGCGCAGUGUCUAUAGGUAGUCUGUCUAGCUCGUCCAACACACUGUCCUGUACCGUCGGGGACGACGAUGAUUAUGUGUGAUGUUCAGUAUUGGAGUGAUAUUAUAUAUAAUUAAACUGUUGCCGAACUGUUGGAUGUAUGCAAUUUCUGGUGUUGGACAUCAACUCCCCGCUUGUGUUGUGUCGCUGUACCGGAAACGUUUAGUUUCCUCAAACAGCAAAUGUAGAUCCUCAAUUAUUUGUCAGAAUAGCCCACUAGAAUAGCCCACCAGAAACCUUUCAUUUCGCGACUUGUUUGUUAAACUGUGUCAUGCAUGAAAAGAAAAGAAAUUGAACCCCAAAUGUCUUUAAAAGAUCGGAAUGUCCUGUUUUGCAUUUGAGAUGAUAGUUUUAUUUCUAUGCCCAAGUUCAACAGAUUUCGCAAAUAUUCAGCGCGGAAAUCGACCAAUUUGUUACAGAUAUUUUCCCCCCACCCCGAACUUUUAGAACUGAACUGUGUUUGGGAAAGUUUAAACACUUCAAGUGAAUACGUAAUUAUAUAGACCCUGCACAUUCCAGACUGUUCAUUCCUUAGAGUAUUUAAGUAUAUUUUUGAUUUCUAUAACUAUUUUAUCUUAUUUAAUGCCACUACAGAUCUAGAUAUCAAGUUACGAUCCGCUUAAUUAGCCGACUGUUGUUGACUGUAUUUCAUUCCUGUCAUGUGACCUCAGUGCAAAGUGACCUGCAACUGUAUUCACGUACUCCAUGUCGUCACUUCUCAGUUAUACGACAAAAUAAGGCCAGUGAGCUAAUUUGCAUAAUCUGCCAUAUUUUAUUUUGACCUUUCUGUGAAAAUAGCGAGCAAAUUGAAAUUGAAAACCGUGCUUUCGUAGAAUGGUCAAAAUACAAGAUGACGGCAAACAAUGGAAAUAAGUCGAGAGCCCACAUUGAGGGGAUUAUUUUGAGCUACGAUUUAGUGGAACGUGGUGAAUGCCACACGGAAACCAAAACGUCCGGACUAGAAAGUCCCCUUAAUAUCCGGAUUAAAAAAAUCUUCGCAAUUCCGGACUAGCGUUGUCCCAUGUUAUAUCUAGAUAAAGAAUGUUAUUUUUAAUUUCCGGUCUAACAAGGGUUCAUUUAAGUCCGGAUUGUUGAUGUUCUAUUAAACGUCCGGACUAGUGAGGUUCCAUGUUAAAUCCGGACUAUCGAGGUUAUACUUAAAGUCCGGACUAGCGAGGUUCCUCUUUACGUCUGUAUAAACAUACAGUUAUGUUUACUUCAAUUUUUGAUUAUUUUUAUCACUUGAUUUUAAUUUUUAAUCGACUGGUCAUUUUUGAGCAGCUGCCAUUAUGUGUUAUAGAAAUGAAUUAAUAAAGGUUAUGAUCAAAUGGAAAGAUAUCGAACGAGCGGCAUUUUCUUAUUUUUAUCAACAAUGAUUUAAACUUAAUCUGUAUAUCUGUGAUAUAUUUUUAGUGCUGAUAUAGUUCAUUCAAUUUCUUUACUACUUUAAAUGUAUGAAGUGUAUUUAAAGGGUUGUCAGGGUGUACUGGACAUUACAAUCGCUAGGACACGUACAUUUUAUAUUAAAACACAUAGAUGUAUUUAUCUAACCAUCGUCGAGUUAUUAUUCGUACGUUUGGUCUCUAAAUUUGUAUUCCAAUUUAUAGAUAGGGAAAUCGUUUUAUCGUCAACUUUUAAAUUUACCUGUUGAGCACGUGCGUUCUAUAUCUGUGGUAAACUUUCAGUAGAAGAUUCAGAUUUCAGACAGAAUACGUUUAUUGUCCUGCUAUCAUUCUGUAAGGAAAUGUCGAAGACUAUGUAAUCAAAGUUAGCAAUACCGAUUUUCAUUAAAGGUUAAAAAUCGAGCCACAUAAAAAUAUGCAAUAGAUACAUCUCAUCUCGUGAUAGACCUUCACAUCGGGCCUGUACGGCUGAUUCUCGGGACGUCCUCGGGCGCCAGUUUGAUGAGUAGGGGUGUAAUUUCAUUCGAGUUUACUGAUCAUGAUAUGAGACAGCGUUUGAAAGAACGAAGAUUAGUAUCCUCAACGCAUUCACAAUGUUAUCACUCUGCUGUUAAAUCUAGUGCCCAAUAUAUCGUCUCCAGUUACCUCCCUUGCAUAGUGCGUUACAACUCCCGGUCAGAUGUGUGCUUCGCUUUAUUCAACCUAUUGAUCUAACUGUUUGUGUUCACAUACUGUUUGUCACUUUAUAUAUCCGCGAAUAUUUAUUUUUGAGGUUUUAACACGCAGAACUUAAUCGCAAAAUCAACUUUUCCGAUUAUAAUUAUUAUAAUAUCUAUUUCUUUUUCCCUAUAAAUUGACAUUCGUCGUAGUCUGUUACUAUCUUCACGAACUAAAUCUAGCCUGCCGAAUACGAAAAUGUCUGCCUGAAGAUUUUUUGUCUGCUAGUUGAAGCUUGAAUAAGUAUGUAUCAAAACGUGCGUGUUUAACUGUAGAUGGUGUCUAAUGUGUGAUAGAUUGCUUUAUCCUGAAGUGUGACUGUAAUGUCGUUAUACACCCAUAUAUUAUGAAUAUCAUAACAUUUUAUGCAUUAUAUAAAAUAUAUCUUAAGUUAUAUCGAAUGUCAGAGAGAGUGCACGUGCGCGCGUGAGAUGGACGUGUCUAAUAUAUAUGUAUUGCCUAUCUGUGAUUCCAAUAACUAUUUAUUUUGUACAUAUUAUGCAGACUGCGUACACUUUGUGAGAUGUCGAUAUAAGGGCAUUAAAAGUGUUCACACGAUCGUA